AUGAAGAACUCCAUCUACGCUACUGCCGCCCUGGUGGCCGCCGCCGCUGCUGACUCUGUUGGAAGCGCCAUUGUUGUCAACAAGUGCAACUACGAUGUUACUCUUGCCAACGUUCCCUCUGCCGACGGUGGUUACUCUGAGGUUGACAAGAUCCUGUCUCCCUACGACACCUACACUCAGCAGUGGACCUCCCUCAGCAACGGAAACGGCUGGUCUAUCAAGCUCUCUAACAGCUCUUCCCUCGAGAACAUUCUCCAGUACGAGUACACCUACCAGAACGAUGGAACUAUCUGGUACGAUCUGAGCGAGGUCAACGGCAACCCUUGGGACGGAAACUGGGAAAUCACCGCCAACGAUGCUUCUUGCAACCCCAAACAGCAGGCAUACCGCUACGCUACCGAUGAUGCCUACGGCAUGCAGGCUUGCCCCGCUGAUGCUGUCAUCACCGUCACUCUUUGCUCCGGCGACGAGUCCAAUGACAGUGCUGCUUCCUCCGCAUCUUCCGCUGUCUCGGCUGAGUCCACUUCGAGCCACUCCACUUUCUGGACCACCGCUGCCGCCCCUUCCACUGUCGGUGCCUCUGCCACCACCCUCCAGACCUCCGUCAUCACCCAGGCUGCCAGCAGCGCCGACGCCGAUGUUAUCGUGACUGUCACCCAGGUUGCUUACACCACCUACUGGGACGGCCACCACUGGGGCCGCCCUGCCAAGCGUGAUCACCAACACCGCCGCCACGCUCACGGAAACUAA